AGAGCGGCGUUCGCAGGGACUCUUAGCCACCUUCAUCAGCUACACGAGUCUUGCUGGGUUGCUCGCACUCCUACGUUGGAGGUGUGAAUUCAAUUCGAUCCGGAAGGUCGGUGUCUCUUCCCAGAAGCUUGGCGAGAUCGCGGAAAUGCCUCCACAGGCCCCAAUUUCACUCUCCAAAUUCCUCAGCAGACAGAGCUUACGAAGACCGCCUCCGAAACCCCACCCUUCCUCUUCAACUUCCUUGGCGUCGCUAUCGCCAUCCCCGAAUCCGCUCAAUCCUCGCCCUCAAUGCCCCCAGAACCACGCGACUCGAACCUGGUACCUCGGUUCGUUCCCGCGCUCGCUCGAUGCCAAUCUCGGACCGAGUCGGAGGGGACUCAGCACCGACCCGGGCGUCGGCUCGGUGCCAGAGUACGACGAGGAGGUAGACGCGAUAAACCUGAAGUUCGCGGAGGCGAGGGACGAGAUCGAGAUGGCCAUGGAGUCGAAGGAGACGGUGUACUUCGACGAGGAGGCCGAGUGCGCCAGGGCCGCAGUGAAGGAGGUCGUCGACCGGUUCGAGGGGUUGCUGCGGAGGCUCCCGGAGGCCGAGAAGGCGGCGCUGCAGCGGUCGAUGGGUCUCAAGAUGGAGCAGCUCAAGGCCGAGCUCCAGCAGCUCAACGACUGAACUUUGGAUACUCUGGCCAGCUCCGGUUCGUGUACUCUACUCUGUUUCUCUAGCUAAUUUUGUUACUCGUGGAUUCUUGAUCGAGGUGGGUUCGGAUUAUUCUUUUUGCCGAGGUACUUGGACAAGUGAAUGGUUUUUGAGGAGAGCUGGUGAAGUACAUUUGAUCAGAGGAUGUUGUCCUAGUUUUAAGCAAUAAUGCAACGGAUUUUACAGUCCUUUUGAAACUCUAUAUCGCGGUGAUUGAAUCUUGGCUAUACCCUUGGUUUGGUUGGGUGGAACUGGCAAUGCACGUUCUCCAUAAACGGUGAGACACUGCCUUUAACCAAUUGAUUUUGUUCUGGAAUUAAUGUCACUUCUGGCGGUUUG